AUGACAUCUCGUAUUACAACGGCACGGCGUGACAUGCGCGCAAGUGUGACCAACAACACCGGCCGGCCGUGUCGUAUGGUGCAGAUUAGCCCCACGGAAAAACCGGGCAGCCGUGCUCUUUUCUGGACUUCCUACAGAAGGUCACCGGAAUGGUCCAACAAAAUGAGUAGCAAGGAUCAGGGGUUCAUAAUAACCUUGAGAAGAGGAAACGGUUUUUAUAAAAUCAAAGAUGAAAAAAUCUGUGCAGAAGAUAAAAAAUCAAUGAAGGUAACAGAAAAUAAAUCAUUUUUACAAUGAAGGACUAGAUAUUCGGACCUUCAUGAGAAACUCGGGAAACCUUAAACGAAUAAUCAUAAUUUUCGCUUAACGAGGGGAAAAAAAACUUCCCCUUGUACGAUCUUCAAAUUUUCAGCGGAAGAUAUUUUUCAUAAAACUUGUACAUUUCAGACGCUACUGAACUUCUGGAAUUGAAAAUUAACCUGAAAAAAUUUUUUGUCUUGAAAAAAUUUUUCACACUGGUUUGGCAUAGUUUUGUCUCUCACUGAAAUUUCUCAUUUACAUCUUUUUUUCAGAAUAAGAUAACCCAAGUGAAGUUUUUUUGCUCACCAGCCAUAUGUCCGCACAUGUUGCAAUUCCAGAAGUUUCCAAACGGAAGAUGAAAGGCUCCGGAUGCCCGUGAUUUAUGCAUCUUUGGAACUUCCUGCAGAAAAAGAGCUUGCAAAUGUUGCGUUUGGAUGUUUCAAAGUGGAAAUUCCCUAUGAAACUGAAAAAAAACUGUAAAUGACUUGGAAAAUUUUUAAGAAAUAGAGCUUUUGAUGACUCGGCGGAAACUUCAAAGACUUUCAAAAUUCCCUUCGUAGAUCUGGAGAUUUUUUUUAGUUCAAAGCAAUAAAAAAAAGCAUAUUCCACGUGAUUUUUAGCGAAUCUAGCUCCCCAUCAUUGAGAAAUAGCUGAAAAGUCAAGAAUUAAUUUGGAAAGAAAUUCAAAAAAUAUGAAAUUCGAAACUGAGCAUAGCGUUUGGAACUAACACUUUUCUUUCAGGCGACUUCCUCAACACUGAGAUGGACUUCAUCUACCAGCGGACCAGACUUCUCGUCACGAAUCUUCCGUUCGGAGAGACCCGACUGACCGGAUUCCGGCUGACAACUGAAGAACUUGCUGCGAUGCCUCUGUCUCCAAAUCUUCUGCCUCGUGAGGACUAAAAACGGAUUAUUUCAAAAAUUAUUCAAUUUCAGUUCUGAUGCAGUUGAAACUGUUUGGUAUUCCCUUGGAAUUUUUGAAUUUGGUGAUCGCCCUCAUGGCUUAUGUUAUAGUAUACCCAUCGGUCUUCUGGCGAGUUUCCAAGAAAUUCAGGUGAAUUUGCCAAGGUAACACUUUUCAUUCGAUGAAUAUUUUUUAGUUUGCUCUUUACUAUACACAUGUUCAUCUACUCCGCUCAACUCAUUUGGUCUUACUUGUCAUUUUCCGUUCUCUAUCGUAUCCAAGAAACGACCGGCUACGGUGGAAGACCCAUCGGCCUAGGUAAUAUCUCAACUUUCAUUUUCAACAGUCAGAAAAGCUUUCAGGACAAUAUCUGGCGCCGAUCAAGCCAUUCGGACUUUACGUCUACCAUCCUUUGGUCAUUUUGGGAUGUUUUAUUGUAAGAGUUGUCGCGACUUCUCUGGCUCCGAUUACCAUCUACGCGUGGGGCUUCAAUCAAUAUUGUGUAUGUUCAUUCCAUAAAAUCAAAAUAAAAAGAACUUUUCUGCAGGUGAAUGUCCAGAAUGCGCAAAACCGGCAAAUUUCGAGACAAACCAACACAAAUCCCAACGGCGAAUACAGUGAUUUCCGAAGCAGAUCAAACAGCAAAGCCAGGAAUCCCGUUUAUUAUCAGGACAGGUAGUUUUCACCUUCUUUUCGAAUACAAGAUGAGAAGUUCAGGGUCCUUCCAUAUGUAAUGAGUGUAAUUUUAUUAUCCAUCGCCUUGGCGGCCGCGUUGCCCAUGUUUUAUGCGGUUUCUCUUCUGAACCAGGUAAAAUGGAGUUCUUUUUCUAAGCUUAUACAUUUCUUAGAAGCUAUCCUAGUUCAUUAAAUCUUUUCAGCACGAGAUAAAACCGCUUUUCGUGACAUGCAUUGUAAUCGACGGCGUUUACUUCAUUUCUUGGCUGAUUCUGCUCCUUGUUUUGGCUGUCACGGCCAGAAAUUGGAAUUUCCAUGUCACUCACAAAGUUCAUCAACUUUACGCCUUGCAGGUUGGGUUUUGGAUCCGUAGCCCUUUUUUUUUGCGGUUAUGAGUCUUUUGAAUCUUAAGCCCCAUGAGAAAAAAUUGAAAGCAUUGAAUCCAAUGAUUUAAUCAAAAAAAUAUUCUGUGAAAAGUUUUUUUCAGAAAGGAAUAGCGACCGGUGCGAUUCGAGGAAACGAGAACCCUUCGCAGCUCAAAAACUCAAUUUUAUUAGUCCACAGAGAUCAGGUACUACUUUUUCCAUUCCGACCCUCACUUUGUUAAAAUAUUUUCAGAUGUACGUGACAGAUGACCAAAUGGCAAAGCAAUCGUUGCUACGAGCAAUUCAAACUGGAAAGUUUGACCUGGCUCAAACUGAAGAAGUUUAUUGGAAGCAAAAUUCCAGUCCUAAUGCAAGGUAAGUUUCGUUGUUUUAAUUGCCUUGUGGAAUUUGUUCCGGCUCUGUAAUGAAAAAAAAGUUUUUCUCAUAACCUCUUUUACAGCGCUUCAGAAGUAUUAUCAAGUUUCUUUAACGAAUUUGGUUCGAAAAAAAAAAUUAUUUUUUUCAAUAAGUAGAAUACAAAUGCGGAAUUCCAAAAUUUUCAAAAAACCUUUCAGAAGGCUGACUGGAGAAGAAGCCGUCAAAAACAGUCCCGACUUGGGAAGACUGCUUCAUAGACGACCAGAAGACAAUCAACAGGCGGUUUCCUACCAAACCGUGAGAUUUUUUUUGCGUUUUUGUUGGAGAUUUUCCUUUUGUAGGUAAAUCGAGGUCAACUGCAUAAUUCUGGGCAGAUGUCCAAUUCACAAGUUAUUUCCAGAGGAAAUAGCUCUCCCCCAGAUGGAGCUCAUGCUGCUUAUGGAACGUUGCAGGUGGGAAAUGAAGAUUGAUAAAACUUCCAUAGAAGUUUUUCUAAUUCAUUCAAUGAUUGGUGUUUUGCUCAUUAAAAACUAUUAUCGAGAUGAAAAUUGAGGUGUCCAAAAAAGAUACAAGAAAAAAAACCUUUUCUCAGUAUCUCUAGAGAUUUUACUCUAAUUCGAAGCAUUCUUUGCUUUCCAAAUGAACCAUUUUCCAGAGGAACCAACCAUACUCCGGAAUGAGUACUCUAACAAGAGUUCAGCAAGAGAAUCUGCAGCGAUCCGUUCAUGGUCAGAUCUGGAACUCGGUUUGACUUUUUUCCAUUCUCAGCAGCUUUAACAAAAGAAUUUUCAGCCUCAAGAAUCAUACGCUUCGAUUCACAAACCCAAAGAACAGCCACUUUAUCAACGAAGGUGCGAAGAUUUCUAUAAUAAUAUUCAAAAAUAGUUCGCUUUUCAGGGGAAGCACUGAAGGUCAAUAUGGACAGAUUGAGAACGUCUACGCCAAUUACGGCACUUAUGCAAGAGUCCCUCAAGUGGUAAUCUUUUAUGAAUACUUUUUUAUGUUUUUUUAACAAAUGUGAUUUUUAGUCACGAGUUCAAGUGACCCCUCAAGGAGGUACGAUUCGUUUGAAUGGCGGGCCUCAGUACACGGCUUCUCAACAGGUUAGAUUUGCGAGAGUCGACCAAGAUUUUAAAACUGAUAGAAGUUUUUUUAUAAACAAGUAAUUGAAGUUUAAUGAUGGAACUCACCAGUUUCAUCUCAAUCUUUUCGUCUCCCUAUUUCUCAAGAGAUCCAAAGUUUAAGUCAAUGAUGGGGAAAAAUCUCGGAAGAGGAACUCUCGAAUAAUAUAAAACUCGAAUUUCAGAACACGCUCCAGAAACGUUCAAUAGAGCAACAACCACCGACUCAAAUGAACUCUGUCCGACAAUCUCCUCUUCUUUCCGAGAGAUCUUCAGUUGGUCCAGCUCCAUCGGCUGCUUCAAACCAAAGGUAGAACUUCUUACACCAUUUAUUCUCAACGUAAUUAUAUUGCAGAGAGCAGCCUUACCAGCGAUCUGUUAUCAAGUUGUCGUCCUUUAACAAUCUCGACAAUAAACCGAUAAACGGCGGCGUUUACGGAAGUUCUCAAUGGAGCGCACAAAGAGCGCCACCAGGACAAGCUUCUCAACUUUUGUGGAGCCAGAAGGUUUGGUUUUGUUGCUGAUUAUCAGUCUGGUGUGGCGUGUCUCUAACAGUAUGAUAAUGAAGUGAGAAUGAACUCAAAAAAAGCACAUCGACGGUUGAAAAAGAUAUUUGAGAUGAGGAUAGCCUAUAUUUGCAAAAAAAAUUGCACAUUCAAAGAAAAAUUUUUGGGAACAUUGGCAGAGUUCUUCGAUGAAGUUCAAAUCUUCCUGUGAACUAGGUUUAAAUUCAAUGUAAACAAAAACUCAAUUUUCAACUUUUUUUUUCGUUUUCACGAAGUUUAUGUAAUGUGUCUUAAAGUGUGAAGCUUACAUCCACGAUUUGAAAAUAAAUGAAAAAAUGGCCGAAGCACCGCUAACCUUGCUUAUUUCAGCAAACGCCGACAGGCUCAUCGCAACCAGAUGAACAGUGUUUCACACCAACUUCAACGCUAACCAGCCACGAGAGCAACUACACACCGACGCCAGGAUCGCCACAGGCUGCCACUCCCUUGUAUGGAAGGAUCAACGGCUCAAGCUCUGGAUUCUAUGGAAACAUCGCCGACAAAGCUCCCUACUCGGACAGAACUCUCCAGAAGAACCCAAUCGAGCAGACUACCGUUUCGACCGGUAAUACUUCUAUCCGACACGCCGUCAAGAUUAACGGACGAGAUGAUUCGGCCAACUUCAGCCUUUCGAGCGCUGGCAACACUGGCCGACAAUCGGCGGCUAAUCAGAACGAUUUCGCAACCAGCAUUGUCUAA